UUCGUCACUCUCAACUUCACACAAAAAUAUCUUCCGCAAUGAACACCCAUUAUAAUUUCCACACUCUUUUCACUUUCCUACUAACAAUAAUUUGCUACACCAUUCCAUUAAUCUCAGCCGUUGGAUCUCCAUCUCCCAUCAACAUAUGGCCCAAACCAAGAUCCUUCACAUGGACCAUCCCACAUGCAAUCCUCAUCUCCCCAUCUUUCACAAUUAACUCCCCCUCACACCGUUACCUAACUCCCGCCGUUAACCGUUACCUCCGUCAAAUCCUAACCACCAACUACACCCCAUUAAUCCCCCCACCACUCAACCUCACCACCCCACCGUUACAAACUUUAACAGUCAACGUCAUUGACCUCACCGCACCGUUAUCUCACGGUGUCAAUGAAUCCUACACUCUCACCAUCCCAUCCAACACAACCACCGCCACUCUCGUGGCGGCCACACCGUGGGCCGCCAUGCGAGGGCUCGAGAGUUUCUCCCAGUUAGUCUGGGCCAGCCCGGUCCGAGUGGCGGCUGGGCUAGUGAUUUCAGACUGGCCUAUGUUUGAACAUAGGGGGGUUAUGUUGGAUACUUCUAGAAAUUAUUAUCCGGUUGAGGAUAUUUUGAGGUUGAUUGGGGCAAUGAGUGCGAAUAAGUUGAAUGUGUUUCAUUGGCAUAUAACGGAUUCGCAGUCGUUUCCGUUGGUGUUGGAGUCCGAGCCGGAACUUGCCCGAAAAGGGUCGUAUGGGUCGGGUAUGGUGUACACAGGUGGUGAUGUGGAGCGUGUGGUGGAGUUCGGGUUGGAACACGGGGUGAGGAUUGUUCCCGAGAUUGAUAUGCCAGGACACACAGGGUCAUGGGCCGAAGCUUACCCGGAGAUUGUAGCUUGCGCCAACAUGUUUUGGUGGCCGGCUGGUGCGCCAUGGGAAGACCGGCUUGCAUCCGAGCCCGGAACCGGCCACCUAAACCCAUUAAUCCCCAAAACCUAUGAUGUGGUAAAAAAUGUAGUCAAAGAAACAACAACUCUAUUUCCAGACACAUUUUAUCACGCUGGAGCCGACGAGAUCGUUCCCGGUUGUUGGAAAGCCGACCCGACAAUCCAAAAGCAUCUCGCGAAUAACGGGACCCUCAGUCAAGUCCUCGAGAUUUUCAUCAACAAUACAAGCCCAUACAUUUUGUCACUUAACCGCACCACAGUGUACUGGGAGGACGUUAUUCUUGACGCGGGUAUCAAAGUUAACCCGUCGAUGCUCCCACCCGAGACCACCAUUAUGCAAACAUGGAAUGGUGGCCCGCACAACACGAAGAGGCUGGUGUCAGCCGGUUACCGAACAAUCGUGUCAUCGUCAGAUUACUAUUACUUGGAUUGCGGGCAUGGGGACUUCACUGGGAACAAUAGUGCUUAUGACCAACCUCCGGGUUUCGAUCAGAAAAAGGGCGGGUCGUGGUGCGGCCCGUUUAAGACAUGGCAGUUGAUAUACAAUUAUGAUAUAACGUACGGGCUGAAUGAGACCGAGGCGAAGUUGGUUUUGGGUGGGGAGGUGGCUUUGUGGUCCGAGCAGGCGGAUCCUACGGUUCUUGAUUCGCGGAUUUGGCCUCGAGCUUCGGCUAUGGCCGAGGCGUUGUGGUCUGGGAACCGGGAUGAGACGGGCGUGAAGAGGUCUGCAGAGGCUACGGACCGGUUGAGUGAGUGGAUACAUAGAAUGGUUAGCCGCGGGGUGAAAGCUGAACCGAUUCAACCGCUUUGGUGCAUUAGAAAUCCUGGGAUGUGUAAUACUAAGAACCCUAUUUUUUGAACCUUGUUUGUAAAAUGUUGCAUAAUUUUUGUUUUAAUUUUAGAUUGUAUUGUAAUGAAAUUGAAGUUAUAACACACCGACGUCUCGUAUUUGAAAAUAA